GGCCCUGUACAGCGCUUACUGUUUAACAAUCAGGGGGAUGCAAGAUUGAUGUGUCGUUGGACAGUGAUUUCAACAAAGGAACUUCUGUCAGUAAUUUGAUUUCAAAAGAAUUAAUACUUAACACUGAAGAACACCUCUGUCAAAGGACAACGAUCUGCUUAUUACUUAAUGGCCUGCAAUGAUAUAGAACAAGCAAGUAUGAAACAUUUAACCAUGGCCAGCAAUAUUGAAUCAUUUGGAAAAAAGGCUCAGAAGGAAAACAUGAGUGACAUGAAGAUGCAUAACUUUACAGAAUGUUGUCGUAUGUGGAUGUGCGCUCACUGCAGUAAGAGCUUCGCCUCGUCACGCGCCCUUAAGAUUCACGAAGUCAAGCAGCAUGAAAACGCCACUCGCCACGUUCUCAAAUGCGGCACGUGCCACGAGGAAUUCGAGCACGCGAACCUCCUCCACAUUCACAUGCGAGUUCAUCACAAUGUAAAGGUGCGCUGUCCGAGGUGCAAAGACAUAUUUGAGCACCCCAAUGUUUUGAAACUUCACAUUAGAGCGCACCACUCUGAACCGGUUUGUGUGGCUUGCGGUCUGAAAUUCGACCACGACAAACUAUUGCGCUUACAUAUGGAGCAUUACCACAAGGUCGAGAGCAAAGGAACAAAGUUGGCUGUGAGUUCACCUCAUCAACAGAUUGGUGAAGAAAUGAAAACUGAGGAUGAGGAUAUGGAAUUGAAAAAUACUGCAGUGGAGGCUGAACACACCGUUGUAAAGACUGAACACGAUCAGAAUAAUGGCUUCUUCGCUAAUGAAUGGGAGGAUGAGGACCAGAGCCUGGAGAGCGAUGGUGAAGCAACGUCACGCGGUACAAGUGAUAUAAAGGAAGACGGUAAUACAGAGGGUGAUACACGAGACAGCGACACUGAAAAGGCAAUGGAAAGCGAGGAAAGAAAAACUAAAACCUCAGUUUCACAACAAAAAUUACAACCUGAGCUUCAACAGAAAACACCACCAUCUUCUCCCGAAAAGCAAACAGCUUCACCACCCGUGAAAGACAUGGUGAAUGGAUUGUGUACUUCAGCCGUUGAUUAUCAUCAGACGCCCUAUCAACCGCGGCGGUCGUCGGUCAUCGUUACAACCAGGAGCUUCUCUGGCAUUCCACUACCUUUUACAUUUCCACGAGAAAAUUUAAAGCGAAAAGUAGAAGAUCUUGAAGAUGCCCCCUGUACCGGCUCGCCCGAUUUGGAUGAUAGUCCCGAAGGAAGCCCGGAAUCACCCGCUGGGUCUUAUUCGUCCACGCUGUCUGGGGAUGAGAGCGGUGACUCUGAGUCAAGUAUUCAAAGAGCUGACUCAACAAAGCGCCCGACGCUACGUUGUAAUCGGUGCCAAGAGGAAUUUUCCACAAAAAUGGAGUACUUGCAUCAUUUGAUCUCCCAUCAAAAAGGAGACAGCGACAAAACGAGUACAGAAAAUCAUGUGGUUGAUAAGCUAAAAUCCAGCUUGCUUAUUAAAAUGGAGGCGAGGAAAAGAGACAAUGUCCAAGAUGAUAAGGAAUUCGUCAGUCUCCGACAAGAUGAAGAUUUGACGGACGAUAAGGCUGUCUCCGAAGCUAAUCGAACAAGUCCGUCUCAUCAGGAAGAUCAUGCUCGUGAUGUGAGCGUUCCCUGUACGAUGUGUAGCGAGACAUUCCCCGACUCGCGAGAGCUUAGAACUCAUUUGAACACUUGUCAUAAGAAACCUCACUGCAACGAGUGUGGACUGUACUUUGAACAUAAGAAUUUGUUAAAGAUUCACAUGAACUCCUACCACAGUUCGUUAGACUUGCUACAAUGCUACUACUGUGGAAAAUCGUUCGACAACCGCCCGGAAUUCGUCAGCCAUGUAACAUCACACGAAACCUCACUCGAAAAUUCCAAAGACAGACGAAGGAAACCGAAUAGUCUCCGACGAAUUCCGAGUGGCGUGACUACUGAAGAAACUGCCAAUGAAGACUGCUCGAAGAAAGAAAAUCAUUCAGAAUCUGACUGUGGGCGUAAUAGUGAAGUUUCGAAGGACAAAUGUCAGACAAAACAGCAAGGAGAUGUUUCCUCUUACGAUGACUCGAUGAAAAGUGGUGUGGAUGAUUUGCGUUUGUACGCUGAGCAACGGUUUCCCACAACUUUAGGCCCGUUUCGCCAUCACAAAAAGGAAACUAGUUCCUCGACAGAUUCGUAUGAAGACGAGAAGCCUUUCUUAGUGGGUCCAGAGGCGAAAACAAGGAUCUUCCUUCCGAAAUCCCGCGAGACAAUGAAACGAGAUGAAAAUUUACGUGAUCAACGACGUGUUCCAGAAGAAUUACAAGCCUUCUCGUCAGCUGCAAAACUAAACCACGAUGCAGUGGACAGGAUGCCCAAAACAGACGCUCUAAACAAUCGGUUUUCCGCAUUCUCCACGUUUGAAAGGACCAACAGAGCUUACGACCUCACCAAAAAUAUAUUCCUGGGGCUAAGUAGGGGAAAGAGAGAAGGCCUGCCGAUUGGGGCUCCCCCACCACUUAUCCCUGUGGUGUAUCCGAAAUUCACGUCAAAUUUCUCUCAGCAGUCAGAAUCGGGAUAUAGAAAGGUUCACCAACCCCUUUCCCGUACAGCAUCAGCUAAUUCAGCCCUUCUACCGCCAGAAAUGAGUUUAAGAAGACUUCACCCGCCCCUUUCACGUACAGCGUCAAAUAAUACAGCCCUCCUACCAUCAGAAGUAAGUUUGAGAAGAGUUCACCCGCCCCUUUCUCGUACAGCAUCAGCUAAUUCAGCCCUUCUACAAUCAGACGUAAGCGCAAGGCGGGGUCAUCCGCCCGUCACUCGUACAGCGUCACUUAAUUCAGCCCUCCAGCAUCCAGGUGUGAAAUUCAGGAGAGCUCAUCAGCCUGUUACACGUACAGUGUCUGCUAAUUCAGCCUUCGGAUAUCACCGGACACCUUUCCCUGCCUUGACGCCUAAAGUCAAACUGGAAGAAAGAACAGCUCCUCUAGGCCCAUUACAAGACGGCGCUCAAGACCAUCGCGAGCUUCCAACUCGCGAGAGCAUCAACAACAUUACCAAAGAGGCGCUGCUUCAUUCCCUGUCUCUCAAAAGAAGGGCCAGUGCGCCUGAACUCGGAACUCAACUGACACCACAGGAGCACCAGCAGUUGAUGUCAGAGACACCAAAAAUUUCAAAUCUUGCAAAGAAAAGUCCUCCAAGAGCUGAAAAUGCAGAUCAUCCCGUCACUUCCCCAGGGCGCUCCCGCCAGCUUAAUGAAGCGUAUCGACCAAGGCGAAGACAUCCACGUGACUUCUCGUGCCACCACUGUGGCAUUUACUUCGGCCACAAGAAACUGCUCAAGAUUCAUCUAGACUGCUAUCAUGGUUCAUCCCAGGAGCUCCAGUGUCUCCGCUGUGAAAAGAAUUUCUCCAGUCGCUCAGAGUUCCUGGAACACUUGAUGUCUCACGAAGGAGGAGACGAGCUGCUGGCGAUACAGAGAAAACGUCUUAAGUUAACCGCCCGUAACAGCGUGCCGCUUACCUCCCACGAGGGUGAGACGGUAAUUCGGCGUGAGCUGAAUGUAACUUUAGCUGUGCAAGACACUGCUUCAACCGAGGAAACAACCCGACUGGUUGACCCCAACGGAAGGGAUAUCCGAGGGGAAUUUCGCCAUUCCCUCCCGGAAGAAUUAACGAAGAAGUUACCUCGUGAAACCUCCCUUCAGCAAGACAAGCUAAGCAACGACCUGAAACAUCAAGGCAGCUUAUCCAAUGAUAAGCCCAAUGGUGAGAGAAGUGAGGAACACGAUGGUACAAAUUUCUGCUUCGUGUGCGGCCAGUCGUUUAGUAAUGGCAAGAAACUCGAGCAUCAUAUCUCCUCGCACGCCGUGGUUGACAAAGAAGGUCGCUACUGCUGCUCAUUGUGCAGUAAAACGUUUGAUCAUCACCGAAAACUAGAAAUCCACACUCGGAGCCAUACAGGUUUUAAGCCUCACAAAUGCGAGCUGUGUGGUCGGUGUUUUCCUUAUUACAGCUCAUAUUACUACCACAAGAUGACGCACACUGAGGACCGACCGCACAAGUGUGGAGUAUGUGGCAAAGGAUUCAUUCAGACGAGAUAUCUGCGCUCUCACAUGAAGACGCACAAAGACCAGAAUGGAUGGGCAAGUGACGAGGAGUUGAACGAUGAAAAACCCGAGAAAAUGGAGACAAGCGAAAAAGGAGAUACGACGAAAUCUCCGUUGAACGAGAUAGAAACAAAGAUGGAGACCGAACCUGUCGAUCAACCGAUUGUUUCACCUCACAGAGAGUUAGAAGAGCAUGAUACAGCGAGAAUUUUGUGUAGUUUUAAACAAAGUGGUAGAGUUGGAUCAAGAGAGCAAAGCUCACCGAAACAAUCCGACACUAAAUCAGAAAUGCGCAGCGAAACAAGGUCGAACGAGUCCUCAGAAGUUGGAGGAUUUCCGAGUACAGAUCGAUCGCUUGAACUCGAUAGUGUUCCAAAGAUCAAUGGAAUACUAGAAGAGAACAAUUCUCCGCAAAAAACAGAUGAUAAUUACGUAAGAGAAAAUGACACUGCGACAGAGGUGAAGAAAGGAACGCCCCCAGACACAUCUGAAGAGUCUGCCCCAAAGACUAAAAGAAAGAAAUAUCUUUGUAAACACUGUCACAAAAACUUUAGCUCCUACAGCAGCCUUCACGUUCACGUCCGCAUACACACCGGUCAGCGGCCUUACUCCUGCAGUCACUGCUUCAAAAAGUUCACGCACUCAAGCGGUUUGAAGCGUCACGUGAGAUGUCACACCGGUGAGAAACCGUACCCAUGUCCGGCAUGCCCCUCGGCUUUUGCUGACCGCGGUGCAUUGAAGUCGCACAUCAGAACACACACAGGAGAGAGACCUUUCGUGUGUGAUUUGUGUAACAAGACCUUUACUCAACCCAGUUCUCUUCGUGUUCAUAAAAAGACUGUACAUGCGCACGAGUUUUUUGACUGAAAAGACUGCAAAAUGAGCAACUUUACUAUUGCUAGAUUUUCUUUAUGUUUAGAACUUUGAGAGUUAAGAACCUCAUUUAAACUUUCUAUUUUCUUGUGUGUCGUGUAAUUCUGACGAGCAGUGAAACUUAGGGUUUUUUUUUUGAUGCUGUGAAACGCGUAACAUUUUGGAUGGAGAAUUAGAACUAUUUAAUUCUGACAAAAAUGGUGUGCUCUAUUAGUUUUUGGAGGUUAGCUUGUCUCGCUUGUUUCAAGGAGCUUAGACUACGAGCAGUCCCUCCUUUUCGGCGAAGUCCGUUGCGCAAGUCAAAACAUGAAAUUAAGGGAAAAAAUGAUGCGAGCGCGCAGCGCGGUACUCUGUGAGGAGGCUACUUUUCAUGCGGCUCACUACCAGAGUUCCGCGCGGUGCGCUAACGUUGAUGUUCUUUUUUUCAUCUUUUUUUUUUUUUUACGAAUCGUGGGACCGACUUCGCCAGAAAGGAAGUACUGCGCUUAGUGCACUUGGAAAGAAAGAGUGUCAUCAGUUGUCAAAGCUUCCUCUUUGGGACUCGUACCUUUGUUUUCUCGUUUUCGAGCUUCUAAUGUUCAGUCUGUUACACACUGAGAUCCUUGGAAGUGUUCUGGAACACUUUCACCAUGAUUUUCUUGAGGGUGGUCAUGUAGACCAAUGCAACUUCUCGUAGUCAAAUGUGUGCAACAUACCGAGAGUAUCGCCAAGGUCGAGAGUUCGCCGGAGUACGUGUGAAAAUUUUUUUUUUUUUUUUUUUUACUCAUGACAUGUCUGUGAAUAUCUGUCUUCUAAAACGUCGUUCUUGUUGUCACUCGACUAAGGAUUUUUACCAAAAGGUUAUCAUGCCAUUUUUGCACUUCAGUUCCAAAAAUAAAUCUUUAAAUUGUGAUGAUGGCGGCUUACUUCCAGACGCCUAUUUUCACCUCGUCAGAAAAAAGGCAGCUAAUUAGUGAUCGUAUAAAAGGACCUCUUGUUGCAACGUUUAGAUCACCUUUUAUGAAGGCACUAGACGGGAGUGUCGAAACUUUGGGUCUACGAAUUGUAACUUCUUUGGUUACAUUCAUUAAAUCUUUAAACCAGAGUAGCAUCAAA